AUUGUUUUUAAAUUCUGGAAUAAAAGCGCGUUUUAACGCUCAACAACGGGAGUUUUCGUCGUUUUCACGUUCUGAAAGUGAAAAUUUUGCGCAAAAAACGCGUUUCUUGCGUUUUUUUAAUGAGCGUUACUGGCUCACAAUCGCGGUUCCCUUUUGAGCGUUUAAACGCGUUUUUCCAAAUGUUUGUCUGCUUGGGUAGAGGAAUAAAUUAUCUAUUGUAUUUUUACUCAGAAAUUAUUCUAAUAAAAGCGUUAACAUAGCAUUAAGAACUUUUAAAAAUUGUAGCUCUUACAGUCAAAUAUUAACGUUUGUAUUUUUAUCACAUGUUGUUUAUUUCUCUAGGUAAUCGUGAUUCGACUGUUCAAACGUGCGCUUUCUGUACAUGUCCACUUACUGCCGAUGGUCAUAAAGUAUGUUGGAAUUCGACACAAUGUCAAAUUCAAUGUACAAAAGAAUGUCAAACAAAUUGUUUAUAUGAAUCAUUAACAGAUAAGAAAUGUUGUCAUACAUCGUGUGCUGGUGGUUGUAUAAAUAAUUCUAUUUUUCAAUGUAAUGCAUGUGAAAAAUUACGAAUUUAUUCAACUGGUGAAUGUGUACAAACAUGUCCAUACAAUUAUUAUCUGGUUAAAGAUACAUUUUGUGUCACAUAUGCAGAAUGUUUAUCAUCUGAAUUUUCUCAUGGUCAAUAUAUUUUGAAUUCAAAUUGUGUUGAUGAUUGUCCUCAUGGUUAUAAAGUCUCACAUGAUCAUGCCCAAUGUAUUCCAUGUGAAUCAACAAAAUCAAAUAAUUAUUGUAAUGGAACAUGUGCCGAAAAACAUAUUCGACUUAUCACAGAUUUUCAACAAUUAAAAUAUUGUCAUCGUAUACAAACAUUAAAUAUCUAUGAGAUUAGUGUAGCAUCCGGUGGAGAUGGAACAAGUGCACAACAAUUACAAAGUGUUAAUGAAGCAUUAGAUAAUUUAAAAUCAAUUGAAUAUAUUGAAAAUGAGUUUACUCUACAUAAUGUAAAUAUUCUUACUACUCUAGACGUAUUUUUAAAUUUAAAACAAAUUGGAACUAGUGUCAAUUCUACAAUAACCAUAGCGGAAAAUGAUCAUUUAGCAGCCUUGUGGACAAAACAACAACCUGAACUUCAAGGAACAUUGAAUAUAAUUCGAAACGCAAGAUUAUGUCAAAAACAUAUUAUUAAACUCAUUAAUCAUACAAAAUCAUCAUCAAUGUCGAAAAUGUUGAUUGUUUCCAAUGAUACAAUGAAUUCAUAUGCCAACGGUUAUUUAGCAUCGUGUGAAUCAAAUUCAUUAUCACUGACAGUUGAUAAAAUCACGUCAACAUCAGCCACGGUCUAUGCUAGUCUAUCAUUUGGUGACUCUAAAGCGUUAUCAACCGCAUUUUCAGAUUUACGUCGUCCAUUUUUCUCUGUCUAUUAUAAACCAACUAGGAAUUAUCAAAAUGAAACACAUUUUGAUGCUAGUUCAUUAUGUAGUAAAAAUCCUGAAAAUAAAAAAUGGUUUAAAAAAGUGGAAAAAAUUAAUUAUGAUCCAUCGUCUGAGAAAACAUCAAUAUCUCUAACACAUUUACAAUUAUUAAACUUGGAUGGUGAUCAAUUGUAUGCUGCUUACGGUUCGGUAACGUCAAAUAUUCAUAUGAUCGGUAUGUUUAGUCCAAUUAUUUAUUUUAAAACGUCUAAACGACAACCAGACUCCAUUGUGAAUUUACGUGGUUAUUCAACAUCAAAAACUACAAUUGAACUCCAAUGGAAUCCACCAUUAAAAACACAUGGUCAAAUUGAAUAUUAUCUCAUAUAUUAUGGUCACAUCUACGAUAAAUUACCCAUUAAAAAUUCAAAAAUGUGCGCAACAUUAGAUGUUUGGCAUUAUGUUCAACCUAGUGUGUCUGAUCAUCCAUCAUUGAAUUCAUCACAAAAAAAUCUUCCACAACAACAACAACAACAACAACAACAAUGUCCUGAUGUUAAUUCACAACGUCAUGAUAAUGAAUACGAUUCGGAUCUAGAAGAUUUAGCCAUUCUUGAACAUCAACUUAUAAAUAGUGUUGCACAGCGUAAAGAAAAAAUUCCUGUACCAAAACAAUUGAAUGAAAAAAUAGCCGAUACGCUUGAUGAAUAUUUUCAAUCGUAUGAAAGUAGUGGUACAGGAAAUGAAAAAUCACAACCAUCGAAAAAAUUUCAACAACAAUCAGGCGAUGAUAUUGACAUAAAAAAAGAUGAAGAUCAACAACAAACAACGACGUCACCUAAAGAUUAUCUAGUGUCUCCUUCAUAUUAUGAUGAAAUGAUUCUAAGUGAAAUUGAACAUAUGCCACAAGUAAUAGCCAAUAAUUUAACAGUAUUUGCCUCUCAAACAUCUAACAAUCCACAAACGAUUAAAGCAACAAUAACAAAUUUAAAACAUGCACAAAUGUACAUGUUUCAAGUUUAUGCAUGUCAAAGUACAGAAAAUGCUACACUAUCUGAAGCAUGUAGUACAAUGGGCAUUAUAAUUACUGUUCGAACACAGCCAGCAGAAAAGGAAUUAGAUUUGGUUCGUAAUUUUAGCGUCACUUACAUUUCUACUGGUCGUUUAACUUCGGAUACAAAAACACUUUUGUACAAAGUUCAAUGGUUACCACCUCUUGAUCCAAAUGGUCUUAUCUAUUUUUAUACUUUACACAUUCUUCAUGGCGAUUCAAAAUCAAAAGAUGAACGAUGUUUAGAAGCAAAUCGAACAUCAUAUACAUUAGAACUUCUACCUCAAACAAAAUAUGAAAUUCGAUUGAUUACAGAAACUAUCACGUUACUUAAUAGACAAUAUCAAGGACAAGGAAAUGAAACACAACAAAUAGCACCAUAUGUUAGUUUAAUUAUUACAACACAAGCAUUACCAAGUAUACAAAUGAUGAAACAAUUAAUUCGUAAUAAACCGUUACUUAUUGGUCUCAUAUUGGGUUCAAUAUUCAUCUUUGUAUUAAUUAUAUUAGCCAUAUCCAUGUAUUAUAAAUAUACAAAAAUAGAUGAAAAUUCAUUUAUAUCUAAAAAUCCAAAUUAUGAGUUAUAUGUACCAGAUAAAUGGGAAAUUGAAAAAGAUGCUGUUGUUUUACAAAAACAAAUUGGACAAGGUCAUUUUGGAAUGGUUUAUCAGGGUGAAUUACGUUUGGCAAAUGGACAAAUUAAAAAAUGUGCUGUCAAACUUCGAACAACGCAUCCCACCGAUCUUUUACAAGAAGCAUCCAUUAUGAAACAAUUUCAAUGUCAUCAUGUUAUUCAAUUGUAUGGCAUCUGUAGUCGUAUUCGUCCACCGUAUGUUGUCAUGGAACUUAUGGAAAAUGGUGAUUUAAAAUCAUAUUUAUAUAAACAUCGACAAUCUGAAUUAAAUCCAAAUGGUUCAAAAUUAUCAUUUGAGUCCAUGAUUCAAAUGGCUGCUGAUAUUGCCGAUGGCAUGUAUUAUUUAUCUGGUCUAAAAUUUGUUCAUCGAGAUUUAGCUGCAAGAAAUUGUUUAGUGAAUGCCGAUGAAACAUGUAAAGUGGGAGAUUUUGGUCUUGCACGUGAUAUUUAUGAGACAGAUUAUUAUCGUCGUGGUGGUCGAAGUUUUCUACCUAUUCGUUGGAUGGCACCCGAAAGUUUAAGAGAUGGUAGAUUCGAUACCAUAUCUGAUGUUUGGUCCUAUGGUGUUCUUUUAUGGGAAAUUGCUACUCUAGCUGAACAACCGUAUCAAGGUUUUGCUAAUGAAGAAGUUGUUCACUAUGUAAGAUAUGGAAAUAUAACAUUAGAAAAACCACAAUCUUGUCCAGAAAUAUUACAUGAACUUAUGCGUGAUUGCUGGUGUUUUCAAACGCAUGAUCGUAUAACAUUUCGUGGUAUUUUGGAUAAACUUGUUCCUCAUAUAGUUGGUGAAAAAAAACAACUUGAAUUUGAAAUGAAUUCUUAUUAUCAUACACAACCUAAACAAUCUCAAGAACAAGAAUUACAAGCGACAAGUGAACAAACAGUAAUUACAACAUCGAGUACUAGUAAUAAUGAUGAUCAACAACAACUUUUACUAACACCAACUAUUUCAAAUAAUCCAAUUAAUGAUAAUGAUAGUUUAAGUUUGAGUGGAGUAUCAGGAGUAGGAGGAAUAGAAAAACAGGAAAAUCAACCUUUUUUACUACAAGAUGAGACGAAUAAACAUAUUUCAAAAAAACUUUCAUUUAUUAAUUCAUUUAUAAACUGA